AUGCGGAUCCAGUCGUGGCUAGAAACAUGCUCCUCCGCCACCGCCACUCACAAAUCAACCAUCUCACUCCCCAAGCUUCGAUCCCCACACAAACAACAACAUGCAUCUGAAUCAAGCGUGUCCGAAGCACCCACUUCCACUUCCUCUCUCCAAACCAACCCCUCCAUACAAACCCUCCCAUCAGUUCCUUCUCUCCAAAACCUCUCUCCACAAACCCUCAACACCUCCGUCACCCAUCAAUGCCUCACCUCCCUCACACCCCACCCCUCUCGCCCCGUCACCUCCCUCGCCGUUCACAACAACCUCCUCUAUGCCGCCACCGAGCACCAAAUCACCGUCUAUGAUCGUUACACCUGCGCCAAUCUCCACACCUUCGACACUCCCUCUGGCUCUACCAAGACCAUCGCCUUCUCCCAAAACAUGAUCUUCACCACGCACCAAGACUGCAAGAUCCGCGUCUGGCAUAACCACAAGAACCACCGCAUGUUAACCACUCUCCCCACUGUCAACGAUCGUCUGCGCCGUUUCCUCCUCCCCAAAAACUACGUCACCGUCCGUCGCCACGAUAAAAGGCUGUGGAUUGAGCACGCAGACGCCGUCACGGGCCUCGCCGUCACUAACGGCGUCAUCUACUCCGUUUCGUGGGACAAGACACUCAAGAUAUGGCGGGUUUCUGAUCUUCGCUGUGUGGAGUCCGUGAAAGCUCACGAGGACGCGGUGAACGCGGUCGCAGUGUCCAACGAUGGAACCGUGUACACCGGAUCCGCGGACAGUAGAAUACGGGUUUGGGCGAAACACGUGGGAGAGAAGCGGCACGUGCUGGUGGCGACGUUGGAGAAGCAUAAGUCGGCAGUGAAUGCGCUGGCCUUAAACGACGACGGUUCGGUGCUGUUUUCGGGAUCGUGUGACCGUUCCAUAUUGGUGUGGGAGAGGGAGGACAGUGCGAAUCAUAUGGUGGUUAGUGGGGCUCUGAGGGGGCACCAGAAGGCGAUACUGUGUUUGAUCAACGUUUGUGAUUUGCUUCUGAGCGGAUCAGCUGAUCGGACAGUCAGGAUUUGGAAGCGCACUUAUGAUGGACGGUUCUCCUGCCUUGCUGUCCUCCACGGUCACCGGAAACCGGUGAAGUCCUUGGCGGCAAUUCCAGAGUAUGGUCAAACUUCCCCUAACGGCACCGUUUCAGUUUUCAGUGGGUCUCUUGAUGGAGAGAUAAAGGUUUGGCAGGUUUCUAUUACCAGUCAGUCACAUGAUCCAUCCAGAACUGAAUUGCUAGAAGCGAAUACAAAUCGAAGGGAAAAACAAUGA